AUGGAACCCACACCCUUGAUGGUUGAGGAUGGAUCUGCUAUGCCUGAGGGUCCACAAUCCUCCGGCGAAAUUGUGCUCCCGGAUGAACCAGGCAACCUCUUGCCAGAAUCCUCCGGCGAUAUUGUGGUCCCUAAUGAACAAGGUAACCUCCUGCCAGAAUAUGAUUCCUCUGAUGAGGAUAUGGAUGUUGAGGGGAAGGUUGAUCUUCCUGGUGAGGAGGUUGCAAUGGCUACAUAA